UGUGACCUGACACAUGAAGAUUCUCAGUCAUGGAGUCUUCGUCACUUCUGACUGACGGAGGCGUCGGGUGUUGUUACUUGAAAGUUGCUGUUGAGGGCACCACGCAGCCGGAAGUCGACAUAAGAAUAAGCGAAGAAGCCGGUGGUGCUAGCAGUUAGCUGUUAGCUCGCUCCGUCAUGGCGGAUCUGAACCGACAGCUCCAGGACUACCUGACCCAGUCCAAGGCCGGCGGAGCGAAGACCAUCUCCAGCACCGCGGUGGACCUCGGCGACCCGGAGCCGGUUCCCGGGAGCUGGUUCGGGCGCUGGUCCAGCCCCCGGUCCGCACCGAGCUCCGGUUCCAGCGGCGGCUUCUCGUGGCCCUGGUCCUCCGAGCCGGACCCGUGCCUGCCGGGCCUGGGCCGGCGGCAGCGGCUGCUCGGCGCCGCGCUGCUCGCCGGCUUCUCCGCGCUGUGCUUCGGCCUGUCCGCGCUGUACGCGCCGCUGCUGCUGCUCUACAGCCGGAAGUUCGCGCUGCUGUGGUCGCUCGGCUCGCUGUUCGCGCUGCUGGCCGCGGCGCUGCUCCGCGGGCCCAGCCGCCUGCUCGCCGGCCUGCCGCGCUCCCCCGCGGCCGCCGCCUACCUGCUCGCCCUGGCCGGGACUCUGUACGCGGCGCUGCGGCUCCACAGCACCGCGCUCACCGCGCUGGGCGCCGCCCUGCAGGGGGCGCUCAUCGCCGGGGCCGUGGUGUCGCUGCUGCCCGGGGGCAGCGCCGGGAUCCGCUUCAUGGGGGGCAUGGCGGCCUCCGCCAUCAAAAGGACCGUGACCGGGAAAACCAUUCCGAUCUGACCGGGGACCGAGCGCCAGGUCCGGGGCGGAGUCAGCGCGCUGCCCCGGACCGGAAGGACCAAGAUUUCAGAUCAUUCCUCCAGGAGCAGGUGUGACGCAAACACCGGACACGAGCUGCUGAUUGGUCGGAUCCGGUCACAUGACUGAGAUGGAUCUGAUUGUUUCAUAUUAAAAUGUAAUUAAAAACUAA